ACAUCUCACAUUCUCCAGUUUCUCCAGUUUCCCCUCUCCCUCUCCCCUUUCCUCCCUACUUUUUAUUUUCCCCUCUUCCCUCCCUUCUCCCUCCCCACCCCUCUCUUGGACCCUCUGUGAUUCAAGGCAGAAACAGAGGUUCCAAGACCUAAAGAAAAAAAAAAAUAGAGCAAACCCCAACCUCUCUGUCCCUUUCUCCUCCCCAGUAAAUUCUCCCAAAGCUGAGUGCACAGUUCCGGGAUGAUGCAUCUGUAGAACCCGCCCCAAACAGGCAAGUGAACAGGUGCAGAGUCCUCUUUUGAAAGGACUGAGGCAAUAUGGCCGCACAGGGAGAGCCUCCUGUUCAAUUCAAGCUUGUCCUCGUGGGUGAUGGUGGUACUGGGAAGACAACAUUUGUAAAACGCCACUUGACUGGUGAAUUUGAAAAGAAGUAUGUGGCCACCCUGGGUGUGGAGGUCCACCCCCUGAAGUUCCACACCAGCAGAGGCCCCAUCAAGUUCAACGUCUGGGACACCGCUGGUCAGGAGAAGUUUGGGGGUCUGAGAGAUGGCUAUUACAUUCAAGCCCAGGGUGCCAUUAUAAUGUUUGAUGUAACAUCAAGAGUCACUUACAAGAAUGUGCCGAACUGGCAUAGAGACCUGGUCCGGGUGUGUGAAAAUAUCCCCAUCGUGCUGUGCGGCAACAAAGUGGAUGUUAAGGACAGGAAAGUGAAGGCGAAAUCCAUUGUCUUCCACCGCAAGAAGAACCUUCAGUAUUAUGACAUUUCAGCAAAAAGCAACUACAACUUUGAGAAGCCCUUCCUCUGGCUCUCCAGAAAACUCUCUGGAGACCCUAACUUGGAGUUCGUUGCCAUGCCAGCUCUAGCCCCACCUGAGGUGGUCAUGGACCCAGCGUUGGCAGUGCAAUAUGAGCGUGACUUAGAGGCGGCACAGACCACUGCCCUCCCAGAUGAGGAGGACGACCUGUAAGCCAGUGAAGUUCUGAGGAUAGCAGAAGCCGAGAUGUGCAGGCAACAGACCUGUGAUGUCAGCAGUGUGGCCUGUGUGUCACCUUGCUGCUCAGUUAAGGACACUCACGGUCCGUGUCUGAAGUGCUGAAAGAAAAGACUUUAGAGUGAAGGUGGCUGUUACAAAACAUGGCUUCAGUUUCGGACUUGAAGGUUUGGCUAUCUGGGAUGUAGUUGUUUCUUCCCUGAGGUUCAAAAAUAAGCUCUGCAGUCACAUCCCGUAUUCUGUGACAACAUCUUGUUAUUGUAAUUCCAUUCCUUUCAUUUAGAAUAAAGUUUCAUUUCAAAAGCCAAAACAAAAUUUCAGAAUAUAAAGAGAAUGUAAAAGAAAAAUAUCUUCUAGAACAAAAGAUAUUUUGUUUCACAAAAGACUUCUUAAGAAACAUGGAUUUUCAUUCUUUCAUCUGAAAAUAAUUUAAUUUUCAGUGACCUCUUAAAUAUUAAGGAUCAACAGUUACAAACUUGUGAUAUUUAAUGACUCCUAUAUUAGCUGUGUGGUUCGAUGCAGGGUAGCAUACAUGUUUGAAAGUCUAAUGCAAUGUACCAAGCUAUAUGCAACAGUGCGAGACCUGGCAGAUUAGAUGAAUCAGAGGUUUUUUUUUUUAAUUUGAUUUUUCCCUUGGACUCUGCUGGGAUAUUGGGAAUAUAUAUACAUAUAUAUGUAUAUAUAUGUGCACUAUAAAUAUUCAUGUUUACACACACACACACACACAUAUAUAUAUGUAUACAUCAUAUACAUAUCACAGUCAAGUAAAAAGUACAAUGUGAGCCAAAAGUUUGAUUCAAGAAUGUGUCGAUGCAUUUGCAAUAUAAUCAUGAAAAUGAGAUGCUCAUGGGACACAGGAAAAGCCAGCCAGUUCUCUUUUGCUCCUACCUAUCUUAAUGUCUGUCAUGGCCAUCCUAACAUGCUCUGCUUAGGCUUGGAACUCUGUGUCUGGCUCAUAUCCUGAAAGGCAAACUGGUGCAUUUGGAAUGAAAAGCAAAGAGGAAUUGCCAUUUGGCAAAUACCACAGUAAAAACAUCUUUCAGGCCAAGAGCAUCAGGAAUGUUAAAGAGUAAACAUAAAAUAAGUUAUGCAGACCCAAAACAUUACUUAUAUAAGAUAUUUAUGAAAACAAAAGAAAUAAUGUGGAAAAAAAGAAAUAAAAAAAUUAAAAAAAAAGAAAUAAUGGGUUUGCAAUGUGAAACCCUAAUUGAGCAGAGCUAAUGUCAUCAGGGAUAGGAGGAAUGAAAAACAUUAACAUUUUGGUGGGAUUGCUGUCCAGACUGACUAACAUAAAGUCAGUCAAACCCAAACUGACAGUCACUCUACAGAGUGUUAAGCAAGUACUCUCCAAAUGAGUCAGUGUCAUCAAAGAGAAGCACAGGAAAUCAAAUGUCAGAAUGCAUGAAGCCUCAGAAGUACAGCCCCAGAAUGGCUGGAAUGAAGUGAGGCUUGUCUUCAAUGCAGAGGAUAAUAUAGACAAUUGGAAAUUUUAAAAUAUGCAUCAAUAUGAAGCCCCUCAUUUUAAUAACCACGUUGUGGCUUUACAAGGGAAUACUUCAGGACCUAUUCACUAAUACUUUUGUGGCCUGUAGAGACAUGAACUCCUCCAAAUAAAGUGGAGUGAAUUGUGUUAGAAAGAUGAAUAUAAAAAUACUACCUCCUAACGACUGGAGUGUCUUCAUGAAACAACCAUGAGGAUGCUUUGUGCUACUCUUCAAACAUUCAAGAAAUUAUGUCCAAAUGAAAAGGAGUAUGCCAUGAAAAGUAAGCCUUAUGUGGAAUGUAGAAUUUUAAAAAGAAAAUACAAACAGAAACAAAAACUCCAACUCUAAUUUUUAUUAGUAGAACAGAAUAAGAAAUGUCCCUAUGAAAAGCUAGAGUCUUGCAUCCCUGCUAUCAUAUCUUGGGGUGAAAACCAAAGAUCUUAGUGUAGAAUGGUUAACUGGGUGGUGGUACUGUUAGGGAAGUGGGUAAAGAGGGCACGUGGGAGGCAAAUUAACCUGAGGCUGCACAGGAGGAGAGGUCAGAAUCAGUUCUCUGUAUUAACCAAAACCUCCUCUAGUCCUUCUCGGCCAAAGCUCCAAACCUGAGAAGCCAUCGUGAAUUUUCCAACCAACUGGAUUUUGCAGUAGAGAGGUUGGGCCAGUUAACCUUAGAUAUCAAAAGAGAUCAUAAAAAAUUGAUGUCUUUAA